GCAAAGCCCCUUGUUUGUCCCACGUGGCAUUUAGAACAACCACUAUCACACACUCAAGCUUGGAGCUUAGAAAUUAAUAUCAUCCAUGGCUGUGUUUUCUGCAACUCCCUCGGCUACUUGCAUCAAUGGAAAUCUCAACCACAACAACAACAACUUUCUUUCCUCUAAACAUUUCUCCGAUUUCAUCUCACCGGCCCGGUCGAGAACCUCCACAAUCGUUAACAUGGCACCCAAGAAGAAGGUGAACAAAAUCGACGGAGGGUGGAAGAAGCAGUGGUUCGGAGCCGGGAUAUUCUACGAAGGGUCGGAAGACAUAGAAGUGGACGUGUUCAAGAAGCUCGAGAAGCGCAAGGUAUUGAGCAACGUCGAAAAAGCUGGGCUUCUGACCAAGGCCGAGGACCUUGGGCUGACACUCUCGUCGAUUGAGAAAUUGGGCCUGCUCUCAAAGGCCGAGGACUUGGGCCUGCUCAGCCUGCUUGAGACAGUCGCGGGCUACUCUCCCGCCGCUUUGGCCUCCGCAGCACUGCCGGUUCUGGUUGCGGCGCUGGCGGUGAUAGUGUUGAUACCGGAUGACUCGGCGGCGUUGGUGGUGGUGCAGUAUGUGGUGGCUGCUGUGCUUGGGGCUGGGGCUGUGGGUUUGUUAGUGGGCUCGGUUGUCUUGGAUGGCUUGCAAGAAGCUGAUUGAGUGCGCAAAUGUUUUUCAUUGGAAAAGUAUGCUUGUUUCUUUUUUCCUUUUCUAAUCUUUUUGUGUUUUCAGUUUUUUUUUUUUUUUCCUAUAUUAGAGGAUGAAUAAUAUAUCCAAUCUUACAAA